AUGCUGAAAAGUCUCGGCCUCUUGCUAGGCUGCACGGCGUCAACUUACGGCUCACUUUUACCACGAGGCGGCGACAACGCGAAUGGACAUCAAUGGAUCAACCACGACGCUGUAGUUCCAUUCACUCAGAAUGCAGCUGACGGAUUGGGAGGGAGUUUGGAGCUACGGUUCAACCCCUACCUCUGGGUUUCUGGAGGCUGUGAUCCGUACCCAGCCGUGGAUGAGAAUGGUAAUCUCGGAGCUGGGUUAAAGCCGACAGGCGGCGGUAGAAGUGGCUGUGGAGCUGGCGGUAGUGGCCAAGUCUACGCCCGGCGCGGCCAAAGUCAGGGUCGAAAUGGUAUCAUGUACAGUUAUUACACUCCUAAGGUCCGCUGGGCCGAUGGAAAGAAUAACGGACAUCGCCAUUACUGGGCUAGUGUGGUAGUCUGGGUCAAUCGAUGGGGUUGUGAGGAGGAGGAUAUCACUGGUAUUUGGCCAGUCGGUGUUUCCUACACGGCUGACCAUCUGAACUGGGGUACACCAUCCACCAUCAGUGAAAUAUCUUUCCGAGGCGCAAGCGUCGGCCUAGACAUGGCGACCCAUCCCAAGAUGCAAAUCCACGACAACGUCAUCUCGGCCUUCAAGGGCGCUGACGACGAGAACAUCAUUGAGCGAACCCUGAUCAGCUGGGAGUCAUUGCCAAAUUUGGCCAAGGAUGCCCUUACCGACGUUCAGUAUGAGAAGACGCAGGUUCCUUUCAACGACGCCAACUUCCAAGCCCAGAUGGAUGCCGCAUAUCAGGAGAGGUUCUUCACGGGGAUUCCCAAGGUGGCGGAUUGCGACCCGGUAGAGGACCGACCACCUAAGGUUGAUACUCCGGAUGAUGCUCCCGUAACUUCUACCAGUGUGCCCAAGACAGAGCCCACUGGAGCAUAG